AUGAUGAUGGAGAAGAGUAUGGCGAUUGCAAGUGAGAGAUCUGGUUUUGAUUUUGACCGUUUGGUGUGUGCUGCACUUAGAGACGCUGAAUCGAACACCAUCGACGGCGUUGAGGGAUGUUUUGACAUUCUGCGAUACUUGAAUAGUUUGAAUCUCUCUGCCAAGGAUCUUCUUCGCCACUCUAGAGCUAUACAUUCUCUGCAGAGUCUGAGAGAUCACGAAAACCCUAGGAUUCGAAUGGGAGCUGUCGUCUUGUUCAACUCCUGGAUGAAAACUCUUUAUUACCAAGGAAGAGACAACACUUCUUCUUUUGCCAACAAAGCUGUUCCCUUGAAGAAACAACAUCCGACAUCUCAUGUUGUUGCGGCAGAGACUAAGCAAAAGUCUGAAUCUGUAGGGUUUAAGAAGAAUGAAACCGAAGAAGCCAAAGAGAUUAAACGAAAUCUGAAGAAACCUGACGUUUGCAAGAAGUCUGUUCCAACAAAACCAAGGCCUCGCCAGAUCAGAAAGCAGACUCCUUUGGAAGAUUCUGAGAGCCCUAAUUGUCAAGCCUUGAAGAAAAACUCAACGGAGAUGGUGGAGCUAUUCGAAAUAGCCAAGAAAUCAGCAGAUGUGGCCAACACAAAGGGGCUUCUCUUGGCUAAAGCAGAGACAUCAAUCUGCGUGGAGACUCUGUCUCUACUAAUCAGUUUCCCAAUCAGCUCUACAGCUCCUGAAACAAGGCGGAUCAUGGAGAGGCUUGUGCAUCUUACAAGGCACAAAGACCGCAAAGUCUGCAGUUCUGCAUCUUCACUUCUUCAACAUUGGAGUCAGAGCAUCAGAGAUCAACAACGCCAAGAUUCCAAGACCACAACGAGAAAAUAG